AUGUCCCCACUUCGGAUCGGCAUAAUUGGUCUCUCGGAUGGUUCAUGGGCGGCUAAAGCUCAUUUACCAUACCUCCAGUCCCCGGAUUCCAAGUUUGAAAUAGUGGCUGUCUGUAACUCUUCGGUGCAGAGCGCCGCGCGGAGCGUCAAAGCCCUGAAACUAGCCGCAGAAACUAGGACUUAUGGUAACCCUCAGGAUAUCGCUAGUGAUAAGGAGAUCGACCUUGUUGUUUGCACCACAAGAGUCGACCGUCACUACCAGUCGAUCCUCCCCUCCUUGAAAGCUGGGAAGAGCGUUUUCGUCGAGUGGCCACUUGGUAGCAGCUACGAAGAAGCCAGGGAACUUCUUCGUGUCGCCAAAGACAACCGCGUCAAGCUCACCGCUGUGGGACUUCAGGGCCGGUUUGAGGCCACAGUUGAAACACUGCGGGAAAUUCUGGCAGAAGGAAGAAUUGGACAAGUCCUCAGUUCUACGAUUACCGCGCAAGGACUGGUUGGUGGGCCAACAGAAAUGCAGACUCAAUCGUACUUGACGGACCGGGGAAGCGGGGGGUCCCUCCUAACAAUUCCGGCAAUCCAUUUGCUCGACACCGCAUGGCAAGUGCUGGGAGAACUCACAAGCUUCCAAUCCCUCCUUGCGAACCAGCGCCCAGUUAUCAACCUCGUGGGCGACGGUGGUUCUAUCGUCGAAUGGGGCGCCAGGAAGACCACUCCCGAUCACAUCAUGAUCCAUGGCAAGCUCGAGUCAGGAGCUGUUCUCUCAGUGUCCAUGCGAGGUGGAACGCCGUUCAAAGGUUCCCCUGGGCUCGAGUGGACCAUUUAUGGAGAGAAGGGCGAGAUCAGGGUGACAGGGCCCAACGGGUUUAUUGAGAUAGUUGGCAUAACAAAGAUUGAGCUUCAUGAUUUUACCACAGACACGGUCGAAGAAAUUGAGCUCAGGAAGGGGGCUUUCGCCGAGAUGGAGCCGAUCAACAGGAACUUGGCACGUGUCUAUGAGGCCAUUGCUGCAGGAGACAACAGUGUUCUCUGCAGGUUUGAGGAGGCAGUGAAGAGGCACGAGUUUAUUAAGGAAGUCUACAAACAAAACCCCGGAGUUUAA